GCGGCGGGGGCGGGCCGGCUUGCGGGCGGGUCUUCCGUGUGUCGCCGUCGCUGCUUCAGCCGCGCUACGUUUGCUGCUCUGGAGCUGCGCCGCCGGCGUUGGCGGCGCGAGGGAAGGGAGGGGACCGGCGGGGCGUGUGUGUGCGCGCACGAGGGGCGCCGCGGUGCUAGCAGUUCCCCUCGCGCGGGGCGGGCGGCCAAGGUGAGCAGCAGUCGGCGAGGCCCUGGACGGCGCCAUGUCGGCGGGCGGUCCAUGCCCGGCGGGAGCCGGCGGCGGCCCAGGGGGCGCCUCCUGCCCUGUGGGGGUCUCCCCUGGGGGGGUGUCUAUGUUCCGGUGGCUUGAGGUGCUGGAGAAGGAGUUCGACAAGGCCUUCGUGGAUGUGGAUCUGCUUCUGGGCGAGAUCGAUCCGGACCAGGCAGACAUCACUUAUGAGGGGCGUCAGAAGAUGACCAGCCUUAGCUCCUGCUUUGCGCAGCUUUGCCACAAAGCCCAGACUGUGUCCCAGAUCAACCACAAGCUUGAGGCACAGUUGGUGGAUCUGCGAUCUGAAUUGACAGAAACUCAAGCAGAGAAAGUUGUCCUGGAGAAAGAAGUCCACGACCAGCUCUUACAGCUGCACUCCACUCAGCUUCAGCUUCAUGCCAAAACCGGACCAAGUGUUGACUCUGGUGCCAUUAAGGCAAAAUUGUCUGUCCACUCUGUGGAGGAUCUGGAAAGAGAGCUUGAAGCAAAUAAAACAGAAAAGGUAAAAGAAGCUCGACUGGAAGCUGAGGUGAAGCUGCUGAGGAAGGAGAACGAGGCUCUUCGCAGGCACAUCGCCGUGCUCCAGGCCGAAGUCUACGGGGCGAGGUUGGCUGCCAAGUACUUGGAUAAGGAGCUGGCCGGCAGGGUCCAACAAAUACAACUGCUGGGACGGGAUAUGAAGGGGCCUGCUCACGAUAAGCUCUGGAACCAGUUAGAAGCUGAAAUACACUUGCAUCGCCACAAAACAGUCAUCAGAGCCUGCAGAGGGCGCAACGACUUGAAGCGGCCCAUGCAAGCACCCCCAGGCCAUGAUCAAGACUCUCUGAAGAAAAGCCAGGGAGUUGGUCCAAUUAGGAAAGUCCUCCUCCUUAAGGAAGAUCACGAAGGCCUGGGCAUUUCUAUCACAGGUGGGAAGGAGCAUGGUGUUCCCAUUCUCAUCUCUGAGAUCCAUCCAGGCCAGCCUGCCGACAGAUGUGGAGGGCUGCACGUUGGAGAUGCUAUUCUGGCAGUAAAUGGAGUCAACUUAAGGGACACAAAGCAUAAAGAAGCUGUAACCAUACUUUCCCAGCAGAGAGGAGAGAUUGAGUUUGAAGUAGUCUACGUGGCUCCUGAAGUGGAUUCUGAUGAUGAAAAUGUAGAGUAUGAAGAUGAGAGUGGACACCGCUACCGUCUGUAUCUUGACGAGUUAGAAGGCAGUGGUAAUUCUGGUGCUAGUUGCAAAGACAGCAGUGGCGAAAUGAAAGUGUUACAAGGGUAUAACAAGAAGACAGUGAGAGAUGCACAUGAGAAUGGGGACGUGGGGGCUUCGGGUGAGAGCCCUCUGGACGACACUGCUGCGAGAGCGGCUCAUCUGCACAGCCUGCAUCAGAAGAAGGCCUACUAAUCUAUCCCAGAUACACUGCUUGUCAGACUCGUGGAAUGUGGGGCACUAGAGAAGAUGGUGACAAAGACUGCACAAGAUCAGGGAGGCUGUGUGUUGCCUAGAGAAAGGCGGGAACCUCAGGGCUUCAUGUGAACAAUUCUAAGUGCAUAAACCCCUGUUGUCUGUGGUAUACCUUAAUUAGCUAUUGCAUGGAAGGCAAUUUUGAGUUUCCUGGAAUCUAAGCACCAAAGCAUGUGUUUCCCAAAGGGAUAUUACUAGGCUCUUACAGGCCAAGUGGAUGCUGUUUCAUUUGGCUCCUUUUCCUAUUUAACAGGACCGUGCUAACUGGAAUUUUCUAAGUACCCUUUAAAUACAGCAGAGUAAAUGAUACCAUAUAUUCCCUAAGGAUAACUGUGGAAUUUCAGAUGACAGAACUUGACUCAGUGAAUUGCAAAAAUCUAGGUUGACAUUUUUGCUUAACUGAAAAUUUUGUUUCAGGUUUUUUUUUUAAGUGUAUUGUACAUUCCUGAUGUCUAAAUUAAUUACUAUCUAAAUCAUUAUGAUGAGUUCAUUCUCCAGUUUACUCAACUGCAGUACAAAAUGGUUUUCUUUAGGCAAUCCUGCAUCAAUCAGUGCUGCUCUAGAAAUGGUUUGAGAAGAGUUACUGUGCAUUUGACUUUGGAUUUUUAAAGGAAACGCAGACGAGUGGAAAAUGCCUGUCUUCAAUUAUGUUGAUCUGUGUGCAUGGUAUUGGAGCAUUACACUGUUAGUGUUUAGUCCCAAGGGUUAAUCAUCUGGAAUCCACAUGUUUGAGUUGUUCCCAGGCUUUGCCUUGUGAUAUCAGGAACAUUAUUAUGUCAUGAAAUACAUUGUAUUCAAACAGCAGUGGCUUUAAGUACCUGACUUGCCAAUCAUUCAAAAAGCCGGGGGGUCAAGGUGGGCAAGUUGAGGUAAAGACAUUUCGAUACAUUGAGCUUAUUGAUUUUCAUAUCAGUAUAUGUUUGACUUAAAGCAAUACUCGUGUGCAGACUCUGUAAGUGUAUUAGUUCUCUUGUAUCAGAACUAAGCACAAAGGACCUGCUCCCUUCUUUCCUGACCAUUGCACCCUGCUGGGCAAAGUCAAAAUACUGUAUUUAAAGAGGUGUGAGUUUUGCUAAGUCACUGUUUUAAAGGGUUUAUACCUAAGGGAAUCUUAAGUGGAAAAGCCUACACAUAUAGGGCUUUUACAAUAGCAGUAUCUUCUGUCUUGGUAUGCUUGUUUUUCCCAGAUGCAUUAUAUAUUUGUUCAAAGUUAAAUCUAUAAAUUGUAUAUACUUUAUUUUGUGAUUUUGCUAUUUAUAAAUUUACUUUUUAACUGUUGCUCAUUUCUGGUCUAUGGGUGGUUUCAUUCUUCAUAGAAUCACCAUGGUAACUGGUAACUAGAAGUGCACUUCGUAUGUAUAUUGUUACUGAUGCUGAGAUACCUUGUAGUGUAACAUUGCCUGUAAACAAGGUUAGUAUUGUACAAACGAAUAAACACAUUACAUAUUA